CUAAUUCCCACACAGGAUUUUAGAUCAAGAAAGCUGAGAAAAGAGAGAAUUCCUUCAUGCAUGGAUGCUCAAAACUUGUGUGUCAAGCCUCGGACCAAUUCCCUUUUCCUGGGACUUGUUUUUUCCCUUGCUCUAGUAGCUUCUUUUGCAAAUGCAGAAAUUCACUACCACCAAUUUAUCGUACAAGAAACUCAACUGAAAAGGCUGUGCCAAACCCACAACAGGAUCACUGUCAACGGGCAGUUUCCAGGACCAACAUUGGAAGUACGAAAUGGUGACACUGUUGUUGUCAAUGUGCUAAACAGUGCCCGUUACAAUGUCACCAUCCACUGGCAUGGAAUUCGACAGAUGCGGACUCCGUGGGCAGAUGGCCCCGCGUAUGUGACCCAGUGCCCAAUCAAGCCAGGAGGAAGCUACACAUAUAGGUUCAUAAUUGAAGACCAGGAGGGAACACUGUGGUGGCAUGCUCAUAGCAGAUGGCUUAGAGCUACUGUUUAUGGAGCACUAAUCAUCUACCCUAAAUUGGGCUCUCCAUAUCCCUUCCCAAAACCCAACCAAGAGAUCCCAAUUCUUCUCGGGGAAUGGUGGAACAGAGACCCCAUUAGUGUCCUUAAACAGGCGCUUUUCACAGGCGCAAUACCUAAUGUUUCUGAUGCUUACACCAUUAACGGCCAACCUGGUGAUUUGUACAAAUGUUCUGCUCAAGGUACUGUGAGAUUUCAUGUGGGUUCUGGGGACAGAAUUCUGCUCAGAAUCAUCAACGCUGCACUCAAUCAACAGCUCUUCUUUGCAGUAGCCAAUCACAAGCUCACUGUAGUUGCUGCUGACGCCUCUUAUGACAAGCCCUUCACAACCUCGGUCCUAAUGUUGGGACCCGGCCAAACCACGGAUGUCCUCCUUACUGCUGAGCAGGCACCAGGGCGCUACUACAUGGCCGCUCGAGCCUAUGCUACCGGACAAAACACUCCUUUUGACAACACCACCACCACUGCCAUACUUGAAUACAAAUCAUCCAACAAAGGGGCAUCCUCGAGGCCAAUCCUACCACCUUUACCAGCCUACAAUGACACAGCCACCGUCACUGCAUUCACAACCCAAUUCAGAAGUCCUUACAGGGUCGAAGUCCCAACUAAGAUCGAUCACAACCUGUUUUUCACAGUGGGGCUAGGAUUAGUCAACUGCACCCCGGGACCUCGGUGUCAGGGACCUAACAAUACCCGCUUUGCAGCCAGCAUGAACAAUGUGUCUUUUGUUCUUCCAAGAAGGACCUCUUUACUCCAAGCCUACUACCAAAACAUACCAGGUGUAUUCACCACAGACUUCCCACCUGUUCCCCCAAUACAAUUCGAUUACACAGGCAACGUACCCCGCGGAUUGUGGCAGCCUACCUUCGGGACUAAGCUCUACAAGAUGAAGUUUGGUUCCACAGUUCAAAUUGUCUUACAAGAUACAGCUAUUGUCACCACAGAGGACCAUCCCAUCCAUCUUCAUGGGUACCAUUUCUACGUUGUGGGACAAGGUUUUGGCAACUUUGAUCCUAGAAAAGAUGCUGCUUCAUUUAACCUUAUUGACCCACCACAAAGAAAUACUAUUGAUGUCCCUGUUGGUGGAUGGGCAGUCAUCCGGUUUGUAGCUGAUAAUCCAGGAGUUUGGCUGAUGCACUGCCACAUAGAUUCUCAUCUAACCUGGGGUAUGGCUAUGUCAUUCCUGGUUGAAAACGGCUUUGGGGAAAUGGAGUCCAUAGAACCUCCCCCAGCCGAUCUACCUCCCUGCUAAAGAUUAUCAGCAGCACACAAGGGUUUUGGAACCAAGUAGUAGUUUCAUUGGUACUUCCUAGAAACAACCUUUUACGUAAACCUUUUCCCUGUUUGGAACCUCUAUUAGGGGAAUUCAUGCUAAUAGUCAUGAACAAUAAUUGUCUUUGUUGUCAAUUAAUCCAGUUUUCUGAUUCUUCAUUAAGAAUUGGAUUCACUGUCCGGUAGUUCAGUAUUAAAGUAAGAGAGGAGAAGCUCUGCUUCUUUGAAGUUGUUUUGAAUUUGUACCACCAGUUCACGUGUAACAUUUAUUUUGUGAGCAUACUUCUUUUGGCAA